AUGAAAGAUUGUCAUCCAAUUGGAUUAGAACUUGCCGUUUAUUACCCACAAUAUGGAUUUGCAACCGAAGUACAAGGAGAACAUGAAAAAUAUAUAGAAUUCUUUCAUAGAGACGAUCCUAAUAAUUUUAUCAAACAGCAAGCACGGGAUUAUAACUAUUGCUACGAAAAACAAGAUCAAUGCUUUUUAGCUAAAUUGUAUUUUAAAGAAAAAAAACCAAUCAUUCCGAUCUCUAAAUACGUAGGGAUUUGUAAAGCGGAAUAUUAUUUAGAACAUCGUAACCAAUUACAACCAGCUGCCAUGAAUGAAUUUC